AUGGAGUUCCCGUUCGAUGUGGAUGCGCUGCUCCCGGAGCGGAUCACGGUGCUGGACCAGCACCUGCGGCCCCCAGCCCGCCGACCCGGAACCACAACGCCUGCCCGUGUUGAUCUGCAGCAGCAAAUUAUGACCAUUGUAGAUGAACUGGGCAAGGCUUCUGCCAAGGCCCAGAAUCUUCCUGCUCCCAUCACCAGUGCAUCGAGGAUGCAGAGUAACCGACAUGUUAUAUAUGUGCUCAAAGACAUUUCAGCCCGACCGGCUGGAAAAGGAGCCAUUAUUGGUUUCCUCAAAGUUGGAUACAAGAAACUCUUUGUACUGGAUGAUCGUGAGGCUCAUAAUGAGGUAGAACCACUUUGCAUCCUGGAUUUUUACAUCCAUGAGUCGCUGCAACGCCAUGGCCACGGGCGAGAACUCUUCCAGUAUAUGUUGCAGAAGGAGCGAGUUGAACCACACCAACUGGCUAUUGACCGACCUUCACAGAAGCUGCUGAAAUUCCUGAAUAAGCACUACAGCCUGGAGACCACAGUCCCACAGGUGAACAACUUUGUGAUUUUUGAAGGUUUCUUUGCCCAUCAACAUCGGCCCCCCGCUCCGUCUCUGAGGGCAACUCGACACUCUCGCGCUGCUGCAGUUGAUCCCACACCUGCUGCUCCAGCAAGGAAGCUGCCACCCAAGAGAGUAGAGGGAGACAUUAAGCCAUACUCCUCUAGUGAUCGAGAAUUUCUGAAGGUAGCUGUGGAGCCUCCUUGGCCCCUAAACAGAGCCCCUCGCCGUGCCACACCUCCAGCCCACCCACCCCCCCGUUCCAGCAGCCUGGGAAACUCGCCAGAACGGGGUCCCCUCCGCCCCUUUGUGCCAGAGCAGGAGCUGCUGCGUUCCCUGCGCCUCUGCCCCCCACACCCUACUGCCCGCCUUCUGCUGGCUACUGACCCUGGAGGCAGCCCAGCCCAACGUCGUCGCACCAGCUCCCUUCCCCGCUCUGACGAGAGUCGAUACUGACAGCCAGCUCUCUCCUCCCCUCUCCUCCCCUCCCCAGGAGAUCGGGGAUGGACAGAGACCCCACUCCUUGAGAACCUCAGACCCACUCUUCCACUGCAUCCUCCAGGACCCAGUAGAACCUGAGAGAGCCCAUAAGAUUCCCUUUCCUUUCUUGAACAACUGGGUUGUCAGGGUCCCAAAUGGCCUAACACUUUAUAGUUUUUCUUACCACAGAAAGCACCCCUUCUCUCCUAACUUGGGCUCUGAACACUCUCCCCACAGACAGCCUGACCUGUUGCCAGACCCCUUAGUUGGGUGGCUCAUACUAAUUUUAUAGAGAAGCACACUCUUGCUUGCUGGCAGACUCUAGAACACCAUGGAAGGCCCAAGGGCCUCCUCUGCCAGGAAAACCUUUUUAGGAGUCUUUUCCAUGGAAUAAAUCCCUUCUUCCCUCUAGAGUGCUGCCUACCACACUUGCCCUUUCAGCCUGCUAAUGCCAGCCAAUGAGUGAGCUCUGCUUCAGAGCAGUCCAGUUAGGUAGGACAGGACUCCCCAAAGGGAUUCACUCAAUUUUGCCAAACUCUUAAUUUCCAUGUGUUUUGAGUGUUAGGGAACCCCCAAACUGAUGUUGCUUUGGGGUCUCUAAAGGAGACUCAGUAACAUCACCACUUCCCAAAGAUCCAGAUUCUCUGAGGGAAUUUGUUUCUUGGCAGUAGGUCCCAGCAAGCACCCUGGGAUCACUCUUAGCCAUGUUUAAGAAAAGCCUGGGUCUAAAGGAUCUAUUAGAUCCUGGAAUCCUCUCUCACAUCCAUCCCACCCCACCCCCACCCCCCUGUAGCUAGAUGCUGAUAUAUUCAUCUUGUGAGAUUGUCUUGAGAUGAGAUGGGGGACUACUCUUCCUCUGUCCUUCCUCUCUUCUUUCUUCCAUAGUAAGAACCUCCUUCCCUGCUCCAUGCCCAGGGUAUAGAUAGAUCCUUCCCCUCCCUACCCUCUAAUGUGUGUAGAUCAGGUACCACCCCCCCCCCCCCGCUGUGUUCCCUCAAAUCCUUGGGAGCAGGAUCUCCCUCUCCCCACUCACCCUUCCCUUU